AUGUCGAUAUCGCCUUCGCACCCGUGCGGGUUAAACCCUGACGGCACAGCCACCCAGUAUAAAGAAUCGAAGGCCGCCAUACAAACUUCUGGUCUCCAGUCAUCACCUAGGUCCUUCCUACCGGAGCGAGAGGAUACGUUAGAGUACUUCAUAAAGUUUCCGAAGCCUUCGUCUAAAAAUGAGUUUGUACAAGCUAAGGACCCUGACGGCGAGGACAGCCACGUGCCCAUUGUCAUGCUGUUGGGGUGGGCGGGCUGCCAGGAUCGAUACCUCAUGAAAUACUCAAAAAUUUACGAGGAGCGGGGCCUAAUUACUGUGCGAUACACGGCUCCGGUAGACAGUCUAUUUUGGAAGCGAUCCGAAAUGAUUCCUAUUGGCGAGAAAAUUCUUAAACUAAUCCAGGACAUGAAUUUUGACGCCCAUCCACUAAUAUUUCACAUAUUUUCCAAUGGCGGGGCCUACUUGUACCAACAUAUUAAUUUAGCUGUGAUCAAGCACAAGUCUCCGCUGCAAGUUCGCGGCGUGAUUUUUGACUCCGCUCCUGGGGAGCGUAGGAUAAUGAGCCUGUAUCGCGCCAUUACAGCCAUCUAUGGUAGGGAAAAGCGCUGUAACUGCUUGGCCGCACUGGUUAUAACCAUCACACUCAGUAUUAUGUGGUUUGUGGAGGAAUCAAUUUCUGCCUUGAAAAGCCUAUUCGUGCCGUCUUCGCCAGUACGCCCCAGUCCAUUUUGCGACCUUAAAAACGAAGCCAAUAGAUACCCACAGCUUUUUCUGUAUUCGAAAGGUGACAUAGUGAUUCCCUAUCGGGAUGUGGAAAAAUUUAUUCGUCUCAGACGCGAUCAGGGUAUUCAGGUAUCGUCAGUAUGCUUCGAGGAUGCCGAGCACGUUAAGAUUUACACCAAAUAUCCCAAGCAGUACGUCCAGUGUGUGUGUAAUUUUAUUAGGAACUGCAUGGCAAUUCCUCCUAUCAAGGUGGCUGUUAAUUCUGAGCCAUCCGAAAAUGUGUGUGGGGUUAACCUAAAAUACGAUUAGUUGGCACAGGAAAAAGAAACACAACUAGUUGUUCGAAUGAAAAACUUUAAACUCAACGUAAUUAUUUCAAAUUUAAAGCGCUUUAUGUAGAAUUAAAUUUAAAAGUAACUAAAAUAAAAACAUUUUCAAUUA